AUGUAUGGCACGACGCGAAAUCAGGAUGACUUGACGCACAAGUUGGCGGAUAUCGUUAAAGCGAACAACCAACUUCGUCGCGAUGAACAGAAUGGUGCUGCGUCGCAUAUUUUGGCCGAGGAUAUUCGGAUGUUACAAUUCCACGUGACUACAAUGGUAGACAACGAUGUCCCCGGUUUACCAAAAGCUAUCCAAAAGUCUGGUCGACCUCUGAAAUCUCUCAAGACACGUUUGAAGGGGAAAGCUGGUCGUAUUCGAGGUAAUCUCAUGGGGAAGCGCGUUGAUUUUUCCGCCCGCACUGUGAUAACUGCCGAUCCAAAUCUCAGCCUUGAUCAAGUUGGAGUACCCCGCAGCAUCGCCCAAAAUUUGACCUAUCCAGAGGUUGUAACACAAUACAACAUCGACCACUUGCAGAAACUGGUACAGAACGGCACACUCUACCCUGGAGCCAAGUUCAUCAUAAGGGAGAAUGGGGAUCGUAUUGAUCUUCGUUAUCAUCCAAAAGUGGCGGAUCUCACUCUGCAAGUCGGCUAUGUGGUUGAACGCCACAUGUUGAACGAUGAUUAUGUAAUUUUCAACCGACAACCUACUCUUCACAAAAUGUCCAUGAUGUGUCACCGAGUGAAAGUUCUUCCAUGGUCCACCUUUCGCCUGAACUUAUCUGUGACCACACCGUACAACGCUGACUUCGAUGGGGACGAAAUGAACCUCCACCUGCCCCAAUCAGUAGAGACCAAAGCCGAGAUCAGUCAGUUAGCGCGUGUCUCUCGCCUCGUAAUCACUCCCCAGGCAAAUAAGCCGGUGAUGAGUAUUGUGCAAGACACACUGACCGCGGUGAAUAAGAUGACACAACGUGAUGUGUUCCUCACCAGAGCCGAGAUGAUGAAUCUACUCAUGUACCUACCUACGUGGAAUGGUCGCAUCCCCAAACCUGCCAUUUAUAAACCACAACGUUUUUGGACUGGUAAGCAGUUGUUUAGUCUUGUGAUCCCCGGACGUGUCAAUUGCAUCCGCACGCACAGCACCCAUCCGGAAGACGAAGAUGUUGGGCCCUACCGCUGGAUAUCUCCCGGGGACACCAAAGUUAUCGUGGACGACGGGGAGCUGAUCGCUGGCAUAUUGUGCAAGAAAACCUUGGGUUCUGGAGCUGGCUCACUCAUUCAUAUUGUGGCUUUGGAGCAUCAUCAUGAGCAGGUCAAUAUGUUCUUCAACAAUAUUCAAACUGUGGUUAACAACUGGUUGUUAAUCGAGGGUCAUACUAUUGGAAUUGCGGACACUUUAUAUGACCAGGCUACUCGCCGCCAGAUCGGUGAAACUAUUAGCAAGGCUAAGGACGCUGUGUUCGAGAUUAUCGAUCAAGCACACAAUUACGACCUUCAACCAACACCUGGCAAUACCUUGCGCCAGACCUUUGAGAACAGCGUGAACAAAAUUUUAAACGAUGCUCGUGAUAAAACCGGCAGUUGCGCGCAACGCUCCUUGUCAAAGUAUAACAAUUUCAACAUUAUGGUCGUCGCUGGUUCCAAAGGAUCUCGUAUCAACAUCUCACAUGUCAUCGCCUGCGUCGGACAACAGAACGUCGAGGGUAAACGUAUUCCAUUUGGUUUCCGCCAUCGCACUCUCCCUCAUUUCAUACAAGAUGACUAUGGUCCCGAGUCACGUGGAUUUGUGGAAAACUCCUACCUGGCUGGUCUCACGCCGACCGAGUUCUUCUUCCAUGCCAUGGGUGGCCGUGAGGGCUUGAUCGAUACAGCUGUCAAGACUGCGGAGACUGGAUACAUCCAACGUCGACUGAUCAAGGCAAUGGAGUCCGUUAUGGUCAAAUACGACGGCACAGUGCGCAAUCAAAUUAAUCAGCUCAUUCAAUUACGUUAUGGUGAAGAUGGAUUGGAUGCUACACAUGUGGAAUUCCAGCGUCUCCCCACUUUCAAACCUUCUCAUGCUGCAUUCGAGCACGGUUUCCGCUUCGAUGUGAACAAUGAACGCGCACUGCGUCGCUGCAUGCCAGAUGAUGUGGUACGUAGCCUGGCUACCGAUUCGCAAACCCAAUCGGAAUUGGAGGCCGAAUGGAUGCAGUUGUGUUCCGAUCGGGAAAUACUACGCUCCAUCAUACGCAAAACCGAUGACACGGUCGUCUUACCUUGCAACAUCAAUCGUCUUGUUAUGAACGCACAAAAGAUAUUCGAGAUCGAUACACUAUCCAAAACUAACGUCCAUCCCCGGCAAGUGGUGGAGAUGGUCAGGGAGACAUGCAAACGCCUUGUGAUUGUUCCCGGUGAUGAUCGUCUAAGCCGUGAGGCAAACUCAAACGCGACGUUGCUGAUGUGUUGCUUAAUCAGAUCGCUACUUUGUGCCAAAAAAGUUAUCAACGAAUAUCGUCUCAGUUAUGAAGCGCUAGAUUGGGUGCUGGGUGAGGUUAGGGCUCGGUUCCAGCAAGCUCAAAUUCAUCCCGGCGAGAUGGUUGGUGCUCUGGCAGCACAAUCCCUAGGUGAACCUGCCACCCAGAUGACACUCAAUACGUUCCAUUAUGCUGGUGUCUCUGCAAAGAACGUCACACUCGGUGUUCCAAGAUUGAAAGAGAUCAUUAAUGUUAGCAAAAAGCCGAGAACCCCAUCGAUGACCAUUUACCUGACUGGUUCUGCGGCGAGAGACGCUGAACGUACGAAAGAUGUGGUCGCCCGCCUAGAGCAUACAACACUGCGGAAGCUUGUCAAUAGCACUUACAUCUAUUGCGAUCCGGAUCCCAAAAAUAGUGUUGUGGAAGAAGACAGGGAGUGGGUUUCCACCUACUAUGAGUUACCUGACUUCGAUGUCAAUGCAAUCAGCUCUUGGAUGCUUCGCAUUGAAUUCGCUCGCAAGGGCAUCACCGGCAAGAAACUGUCUAUGGAGCAGAUAUCGGAUAAAAUCACACGAGCCUUCGGGAAUGAUCUCAUUUGCCACAUUCCAGAUGAUAAUCUUAAACUUGUAAUGCGUAUACGAAUCAUGAACAGCGAUUUAGAGAAGGAUCUCAAAGAUGCGGACACCACCUCGGACAAGAUGGAGGAUGACACUUUCCUCAGAUUCAUUGAGGCGAAUCUACUUUCGGAUAUUACGCUACAAGGUAUACCUCAAAUCACUAAAGUAUAUAUGCAUCGACCUCAGACGCAAGACAAAAAACGAGUUGUCAUCAAAGAAGACGGCAGUUUUGACGCUGUAGCCGAAUGGAUGCUUGAAACAGACGGGGCUUGUCUCAUGAAGGUGUUAGCCGAACGCGACGUUGACCCGACUCGGACCGUUAGCAACGAUAUUGUGGAGACUUUCGAAGCUCUUGGCAUCGAGGCAGUUCGCAAAGCCAUCGAGUGUGAAAUGCACCACGUCAUCUCCUUCGACGGCUCAUAUGUGAAUUAUCGACAUUUGGCACUGCUUUGCGAUAUAAUGACGGUCAAAGGACACUUGAUGGCCAUCACUCGCCAUGGUUUGAAUCGCUUGGACACCGGUGCGCUCGCACGCUGCAGUUUCGAGGAAACCGUAGACAUUCUGAUGGAUGCCGCAACACACUCCGAAUGUGAUCCAAUGGCUGGAGUAUCUGAGACUAUCAUGCUCGGUCAGUUGGCGAAAAUUGGCACCGGCUGCUUCGAUCUCCUUUUGGACUCAGCCAAAUGUCAGGAAGCACAACCUAUUCCACUCACCGGCGCUUUUGGCAUGGGAUUAUUUAACGCUCCAGGAUUCGAAGGCAUCGGCGCAACUCCUGGUCUGGGAUUCACUAUGGGUGUGGACGGCCUCCCCGUCAUCGGUGGUGUUUGUGGUUAUCACACCCCAUGGGACAACGCUCACUCUCCUGUCGGUGUAAUCGGUGCAUCCCCACACUAUCGAACGGGACUGGGAGGGGUAACAGCUCCACACGCAGCAAUGUUUUCACCUGCGGUUCGGUAUGAUUCCUCCUUGUCUCCGGGUCGCAGUCCUCAACUGGAUAGUCCGCGCACUCCAGAGGCGUUCUCCCCAGCAGCGUAUGCCAAUUUCGCUAGCCCAAUGUCAAUCACCGGGACACCACAAACAGAGCUGGGCUCCCCUGGUUCUAGCCCAGGUCAUUCAGGUAGCCUGAGCAGUGGCUCCUUCGGUUACGGUGGUACUGGAAGCUUGCGUGCCGAUAUUUUCUCUCCAAUUCAUAAACCAUCCUACGCUGGGACCGGCAGCAGUUCUAGCUUUAGUGCUGGUGUUGGCAGCAAUUCUCCAACGUUCUCCCUACAACAAUCGUAUGAACCUAUGUCGGUUGGCUAUACCCAGCGUUCUCCACAUCAUCCAAGCUUCUCCGGCUAUGGCAUGACCUCCAGUGCUUCUUAUGGCCUUUCAAGUGAAUCACCAGACAGCAUCAACUAUUCCUACAGUCCACAUAGCCCGAUGCCAACAGCGGGAAGCUCAGCAAGCCGUGAAUACAUUGGUUGGAGCACAUUACCAGGGUCUGAAACGCCUGGCGUCUCACCAAGUUCCCCUUCACCAGGUAUGAGUGCAAGUAGUCUUAGCGGAAGUCGCCCUUCCUUCUAUCCCAACAGUCAACCGGUGUCGCCCAUUUCGUUUAACGCUUCUCCAUCCGCACCCCGUUACAGCCCACCCACUCUAGCUGGAAGCUCUUCCAUGGAAAGCUACUCUCCUCAGAUGACGACUCCGAGUUCCCCUGGGGGUGCACCGAGUGGAACGUUUGGUGGUCCCGGCCAUUCUCCUUUGUCAUACCCCACUACUCCGAAUUAUCCAAUGUCUCAUGGAAUGAGCGCCAGUGUUGGUACCGGCCUUGGAUCAAGCAGUUUACUCGGCUAUUCUGCGACCGCUUUUUCCGGUUCGACUUUCGGCGCCUCAGCCUACAGUCCAUCUUUGCAGACACCGUCGUCUCAUUAUUUAAUGACGACGCCUCGCCCUGGAUCACCCUCUCCUAGUCCGCGUGAAUAUUAUCCGACCCCAACACCCGACUCACGACGAUAA